AAAACCACAAAAAAAAAAUCACCACCGCUGCAGAGCAAUCCCAGAUCGAGAAAAAAAAGCUACAAAUUUGCACGAGAUUUGCAGCCGCAGAUCCAAGCCUUCUUGCCGAUCACAUAGUCCAGGAAUUGCCUUUGUCGCCGCCGGAUUAUUGUUCCGCUGAAAUAUUCCUAAGAUCCGCAGAGCACUUCAUAGCCGCCGUUGUUUUGAACACCAAAAAAACCAACAAAAAAAAAGAUUUUUUUUUUAGAUCUGAUCAAGUGGCGUGGCAAUUCAAGAGUCAGCAGCAAGGAUAUUUGCUCGGUGAAGAUUUACUUCAGAUUCAAAAAAAAAAAGGCAGUAGGCAAUCAUAGAAAUGGAAGAGUAUUCUGACAAAAUCUCAAAAAAAAAAAGGACGAAGAAGCGCAUUGGGUAAAGGGAUUUCGCCGGCCUGCUGCAAUUUGAUUUCUCCAUCGUGCAAAACCAUAUCAGCACGUUGGGUAAAGUGAGUUGCUUAUUAAUUUGUUUUCCCAUUGCUUUUGCCGUGGAGGAUGCUUUUUUAAGCAAAUUCAUCCAAUUGUGCUUAGUGGUUUCAUUCAUAGUCUUGGGCUUUCCGUAUUUGUUCUAUCAAUUUGCUGCUCGAGUUGUACCGCGCGCUCUAUUCAGAUUCUGAUCUUUGGAUAAUUAAUUAUGAUUAGAGAUGCUGCUGCAACCCCCUCUCUUGAUACUUGAUAAUCUCUUCAAUUUAGUAGAGAUUGUUUUACGUGGAAAAAUUGAUUUUGAUGAAGGAGUGUGCUUAGUAUAUGCUCAACAUGAUAAAAUUAUUAAGACGCUCCAAUUAUUUGCUAAUACUGAGGGUCAAUUAAAUUAUGCCUCCGACCUAUCUGUGUUCGAUGUGGACAUCUCAUGUUCGAUACAGGAUUUGUUUCGUGGUCCUCCGAUUGUGCCAAGUCAAAUUCUUUUCGAGUUACAAAAUUUUAGAUUGCACGUGUUGGGCGCGCUGAAGAAUCUCAUCAGCGCUCCGCUUUCUCCACCAAGUCAAGUCGCUACAAUACUGAUAAACUGUGGGGGCACAUUGGUCCAAAUGGAGGAAGAUGUCAUCCCGCCCCUAGUGUUGGCUCUAGAAGACACAGACGGAUCAAAUGAAGCCAACAUCAAAUCUCAUGUCAGGGAUCCCAAUGAUGGCGAGUCUAAAGUCAUGAAAACACUUAACCUUGGUUCCAAUUCCAUAAACAGGUAUGAUGGUGCUAAUGGUGGGGAUGCUAAGUCAGCUUGUGAGCUUGAUAUUACAUCUUGUGAUUCUUCUGCACCACUCCCUUCAUUGGGUGUUGUAGACAUUUCAACAAAUCAAGCUUUGGGCUCCAACCAUCAACCCUUUGUUUUGGUUUUGUCUCACCCAAUCAUGAUGCGUCACCAUUCUGAUAUCCUCCACAAGGAGCAUCUGAUUUCUGUGCGGGCAACAAGACUCGUGCAUGGCUCUAUCUCAUAUUCCUCCCAUCACAUUCUAAGAAGCACGUUGGUUGAAAGUUGGCCAAGAGGUGGAUUUCUUCUUUGGUUCUGCACCCUCUCUCCAGUCCAGAAGCAUGAGUGGGAGCCUCCACCUUGAGGACAAGGGGGUGAGAGUGUUAUGGAUAGUAGAGUAGGAUAUU